GUCACAUGACGUUUUUUUUUCCUAGACGCAGCAACAAAUCCAAAAUCUUUCCCUGCUGUGUCCUCUGCUUUUGGUCGAAAUAACUCAACUCUUCACACCUCUAAUUGCUGUUGAAUAGAGAGUCAAACAGGCUAUUUAAAGCAGUCUGGGUCAACAGAGUCGUUGCACAUGGAGGUAGAAGAGAUGGAGGAUGAAGGACCUUCGCUCCAGAGUGAACCUCCAAGCAGUGAAGAUCUCCAGUUGUCACAGCAGGAAUCACUGCUUCUGGAGAGCUCAGUCCCUGUAGAGAACGCGUUUGUGGAUCAGAAAGCAGUGGAAAAACUCACAGAGGGAUUACUCUCUCACUACCUACCAGAUCUACAGAACUCUAAACGAGCCCUCCAAGAGCUCACACAAAAUCAGCUGGUCCUGUUAGACACACUGGACCAGGAAGUCAACAAGUUCAGAGAUUGUAAUGCCUUACUGGACCUCAAUUCACUGUUUACAGAGGCGAAGGUUUACCACAGCAAACUAGUGAACAUAAGGAAAGAGAUGAUUAUGCUCCAUGAGAAGACAACUAAAUUAAAGAAAAGAGCUCUGAAGCUGCAGCAGCAGAAGCAGAAGGAGGCGCUGGAGAAGGAGCAGCAACGUGAGAAGGAGCUGGAGAGGGAGAGGCAGCUUAUUGCCAAACCUGCGAAAAGAACUUAGGAUCAUCCCCAAGUAUGUCUGCUGUAUUAAUGGACCAUACAGGUGCUUUUUGCAUGCCUUAGCCUAUUUAUUAUUUGUCAGCUAUAUGUUGCAUUACUGCGGACCGUUUUCCAAAGCUAAAGUAUUUUAGAUGUGUUUUUUUAAAGAUGAUUUUUGGGGCAUUUGGGACAGUGUGUACCAUCUCAAGCUGCUUUCAUGUCUCAGUAUUUUAUUUUAUGUACAGACUAUUUCAAUUGGAGGUGUUAGAAAUCAACUUGAGUCUAGGUUCACCUGUUGGCUACUGAAAUACUUUAAAAAAGUUUUAGGGGGCAGCUUCUGCAAAGAAAUGGUAUGAAGUUGUUAAAAUAGGACUGAGAUUGACUCUCAACAUUUGGUUCAUCCUAGUCUCCAGCAGUAUUACAGAAUAGACUGUAAACUCCUGUAAUUAUCAUUCUGUGUUUCUGGCAGAACAUGCUUGACUUUAGGGACGUGAGUUGUGUAAAGUAAAGUGUAAAACCAUGUUUAGUGAAAGAAAUAGAUUAACAAAAAUCCAUUAAGAAAAUUUUUAAGACUAAUACAAGGAGAGUUAUAUGCUUUGGGAAAUGGUUCACUUUAUAGACAGUAUGUGUGACUCUGAGUAAAUGGGCUAAAACGUGCAAAAGGUCAGGUAUGAUCCUUUAUGUUGGACAUUGCCAAGAUCACCACAAACCAAAGACAUGGACUAAAUCAAAUGCUGGUACUUCCCACUAUCAACCUCUGGUGACAAACACAAACUCGAGCACUUCCCCGAGAGUGGAAGAAAUCACUCAAAGACACUUUUGCAGCCAUCAGACAAUGACCGGGAGGAGAAUCAGUGCAUUUGUUGUCUUUUCUUGAAGAAAAAGUGUUGAUAUACUGUAUGUCGUUGCGGGGCUUCAUGCCUCAUUAGUGUUGAAUGUUAUAAAACAGGUAUGUUGUUUAAAAUCAAAUAGGUCUGCACUAAACUUAACUGACUGUAUUUGUGGGGUCCAGAUGAUGUGAGGAUGGAUGAUAAUAUUUACCAAACUCUGCCCCCAUCAUACACAGCAUGUGUACAUUUGUUUAACAGACCUUUCAAGAGGCUUCUAUGCACUACUUAACGCCUGGAACUCCACUGUUUGUACAAUUAAUAAUUAAAGCUACAAAAGCUG